AGCAUUUAGCGACUUCAGGCAUCUCAGUUCUUCCAUGUCAGACUUGUUUUCAUGGAGGAAGGGUGAUGCUGUUCCAGAGGUGGGUCGGGCUUAGGGUCGGAUCUUUCUCAUCACUGUGUUUGGGGAGGAUCAAACCGCCCCUCUUUGAAAUAGGGAAGGAGACACACGUGUGUAUUUGCAGGAGUCGCUCUCGUAACUACGUUUCAGUAAUGGCAGAGGAAGCAAAGAAACUCGCCGCGUACGCUGCAGUGGACAACCACAUACAGACCAACCAGGUCGUUGGGGUUGGUAGUGGCUCUACAAUAGUGUAUGCUGUGGAUAGGCUGGCGGAGAGAGUGCGGCAGGAGAAGUUAAAAAUUGUGUGUGUCCCCACCUCCUUCCAGGCGCGCCAGUUGAUUCUGAAGCAUGGCCUCACUCUCUCUGACCUGGACAGGCAUCCAGAGCUGGAUGUUGCCAUUGACGGUGCUGAUGAAGUGGACGCAGGCCUCGCUCUGAUCAAGGGAGGAGGAGGCUGUCUGACCCAGGAGAAGAUUGUAGCUGGUUGUGCCAAACACUUCAUUGUCAUCGCAGACUUCAGAAAGGACUCAAAGUCUUUAGGCCAGCAGUGGAAGAAGGGGGUCCCCAUAGAGGUUAUUCCUAUGGCGUAUGUCCCGGUUUCCAGGACCAUUGCCAAGAGGUUUGGUGGAGAGGCUGUAUUAAGGAUGGCUGUGAGCAAAGCGGGUCCUGUAGUGACUGAUAACAGCAACUUUAUCCUGGACUGGAAGUUUGAGCACAGCCAGAACUGGAAGGAAGUCAACACAGCCAUCAAAAUGAUCCCAGGUGUGGUGGAGACUGGGCUGUUUGUAGGGAUGGCAGAGAAGGCUUACUUUGGCAUGGAGGACGGAAGUGUGAAGGUCAGAGACCCGCCAAUCAUCUAAGACUCGACCCGCUCAACGGAGACCUCGCCUGCGGAGCACUCAACUCAAGAGAUGUUCAGCCUGACACCUCAAGUGCCCAUGAAGAAGAUAUCACACACACACACACACACACACACACACACAGAGCCAGCCAUACCUCUGUAAAUGUCCCCUUACUUUGGGUGUAAGCUACUAACAAUUUUCUACUUAUGUACCCAGAGAGUCUCUCUCGUCUCCUCUUGUAAAGUCCAGGUCAGGUGUAACAUGUCAGAUGAAGACACUGGGAGUUGGAUGGGGAAGUGUAUUCCUCAAAGCAGAAUCACCAAAUUAUCUGAUCAAAUGCAAUCCAAAAGUACAACCCAACCCAGCACUUUUCACCUAAGACUUAGAGUCAGAUUUGGGUGUUCUCCAUGUCUGACUUUGCAUAGUUAUCUGACUGACAUGAAGAUUAUGCUUUGUGGAAUAUCCCUCUGCACUUACCCUAAUGGUUUCACUCUUCUGCCAAGGCAUUGCUGAAAGAUUAACAUCUCCCCAUACUGGACCUCUUACAGACCGGUGCUAAAUCUGAGAGAGCGAGGCCGUCUGGGUGUUGUCUGUUUCUUCUUCCUCUCUAUUUCUCACGCUUGACUGAGAACUUGAUAGUUGUGGAGGAAGAAGUUAAAUGUCUCUCCCUCUCAGACUGAGGGGUGAAUUUUAGCCUAAAAUGCAUGUGUGUCAAUGUGAUUUGACAGUUCACCACUUAACUGCAUGUGUUCUCUGCUCACUCUCAUGCACAUGGCCAUGAAUAUGUGACUCAAAUGCAUUAGUGAUAGAAGAAAUGUCAGUAGUUCUUUUCAAUAUGUGCCUCGUAUUUGUUUCAGUGGUGGAAUGGUUGGCUCAGUCAUUAUCUGAGGAACCUGGGCCCUGCAUAUUUAAGAUGCCUCUCCUGUACUGUACACACUAAUUAAUAGGCAGCAGACAAUUAAGAUGUCCCUCACUUAGGUGUGUGUGUGUGUUUUCAGCCAAUCAAUGGUGUUAUAAUUGCCUGCUGAGCUCACAAUUUUGUGGUAGAGCAGGAAGAGGCAUAUAAUGUGUAGUGCCAAGGGGUCUCAUGUAAGCAGCACUGAAAAACCUGGACACUGCGGUGGUUUUGGCCUUUCACCAUGGAACAAACAUGCAUAACCCCCCCCCCCCCCCCCCCCCCUGUUCAUCCAUGUCCACAAAUAUCUGUAGUCUGUUUGAUCUCUUACUGUUUUAAUAUCACUCUCUCAAGUGAGUCCCUGUUCUUUCCCCUUGUAUUGCACUUGUGAUUGUAUCCUUGUUAGAAAAGCAGAACAUGUGCUUACUAAUUAAGAAAUUAUAUUUUUCUUUCCUUUUUUUUUUUUUAAGUUCAAUGUCAUGACCUUUGUGUUAACUGUGUUCUAUGAGAAUGUGCCUGUUUGCCAAUGGCCAACAUGGCCUUGUGGACUCAAAUGAACUGGCCUUAUUUCAAGUCUGUCUUUGCCUCUGGAUCAAUCAAGUCAUUCAGCUUCUAAAUGCUGUUGGGCCAUUGAGGCAUUUUGUGGUUGAAAGGUAAGAUUGAGCAUCUUAUGUUCAAUGUCUGUAUACACCCAUGUUUCAUGGGUUUCUGAUCUACUGUGGAUAUUUGAGAAAUGUAGUUUGUACCAGCACUACUGUGAAGUGGAAACAGGGGAACUGGUUAUUGCAUUUUACUGUACUCUAAGUUGCCGUUUCAAACAGGACCAAUACACAAAA